GGCGUCGCAUGCACACGUCGCGAGUGAGGAUGGUUUCGCGGGUUGCUAGUGUGUAACCGGUUGCGGGAUGGUGCUGGAGGGCGGGUUGCCGGCGCCGCUGCAGCUAUACGCGGCGGCGGCGGCGGGCCUGGCCCCGCGUCCGGCAUGGCCCCCGUUCCUGCCGUUCUUCGGAGUGCCCCCGCCGUUCCUCGCGAGGCCCCGGCUCCCGCAUCCUAUGCCCACGAGGGCGCCUCACGGGCCGCCCAGUGAGGACUCAAAUGAAGACGGUGGAAGUAGCAAAGGUGGUCUCGGCGACGACGACGGAGACAGCGGUAAGCGGCGUCGCUCUCGCACGAACUUCAACUCGUGGCAGCUUGAGGAGCUGGAGCGAGCAUUCCUCGCGUCACACUACCCUGACGUGUUCAUGCGAGAGGCGCUGGCCAUGAGACUGGACCUUAAGGAGAGCAGAGUGGCGGUAUGGUUCCAGAACCGUCGCGCGAAGUGGCGCAAGAAGGAGCACACUAAGAAGGGCCCGGGGCGGCCCGCGCACAACGCGCACCCUCAGUCCUGCUCCGGGGAACCCAUACCGCCGCACGAGCUGCGCGCCCGUGAGAGGGCGCGAAGAAGAAAGAAGCUGGCAAAGGCACUGGAACGUCAAGCGCGGAAGCUGCGAGCGAAGGGCAUUGCGGUUGACCUUGAAGCGCUGAAGACGGAGUAUCUAGCCCAGCACAGGAACAGCGGGUUGUACUCCGACUCUGAUGACGGGGAGGAGUGCAUGAUAGACGUCGUAGGAGGGGACUCCUGUCACGACUCCGGGCCAGAAGACUUCUCUCUAACCGGCCGUCUCCGAGCACCCUCAGGCAACGACGCCAUCAACAACUCCGACAGCUCCACUUCCGACGGCCGCAACUUCAGCCCUCUCCCUGACCCGCAGCCUUCCUUCUUCAAGCAAUUCUCUGGGGGCGACUACGAGAAGUUCGACUUCGACUCAGGCCGAGCGGUCUCCUUGGAUCUCAGCGGCACGUCUGCCACCGACCAGGACAUGACCAAAAAUGGUGGAUCAAGAAAACAUAAUCCUUUCAGUAUAGAAUCACUUCUUAAUACGUGAAAUUAACUUAAGAAUUCUAGAGGCUCUGGUUUGGGUGGCCUUCGACCGAACGUAGACUUGAAAUUAAAAAUAGCUGAUAUUUUGGAUCUGUAUCGUCUCUAACAGAUCUAUAAAAUACCUGAAAAUUAACGUUCUGUUAAAUUUUAAAAUGAUGCACGCUUAGAUACCACUAUAGUAACUUAAAGGUUUCUUUCUACGCUAGAAUAGACAAGGCAAUAGACAGAUUGACAUUGGAAAUCUAUCAAUUGAACCCUAAAAUAUAAUAUCUUACCUUUCGCAUUUCUAUUGCGGUCAUGCUAAUGCUGUUGGAAUAAGGCUGGAUUUACAUGCGUCCGCCCGAACGCGCGGUGUGGCCACACCGCGAGAUUUAAGUAAAGGUUUAUUUAAACUAGAGAUCGCCCAAUGGUCGAAAUUUGAC